CCACUGUAUGGGCGUAGUGUCAUGUGAUGUGCAUCCCAUGAUAGGUUUCCCAAAGCUCUGAAUAAAGUGUGAAUUUAUCACCAGUUCUUGAACAGUAAGGGUUAAUUUAACUGAAACUUCAGACAUACACGGAACUAUAUUUUACAGAGUAUCCACUGAAAAACGGUCAAGUGUAUCCGAUCUAGGAAGCUACGAAGCCGACAGGUGUUCUUGGAGGGACAUCGCAGUUAGAAUUCCACGACAUAACAACGUAUCUCAGGACAACACAAAACAGUAAAAAUGGUUGAGGGUGGCAUGUCAUGCGUUAAAUACUUGCUCUUCGCAUUCAACUUGCUCUUUUUCCUGUGUGGUCUUGGGCUGAUCAUCGCAGGCGCAGUUGUGCUUACAAGUUUCUCAGAAUAUGCACAAUUCCUUGGAGAAGGGCCGUUUGGUUCGGCAGCGACGUAUGUCAUAAUUGUGGGAGUGAUCAUCCUGAUUGUCGCCUUCUUUGGCUGCUUCGGUGCCAUCAAGGAGAACUAUUGCAUGGUUAUGACCUUUGCUGCACUUCUGAUUAUCAUCUUCAUCUUUGAGCUGGCAGCGGGAAUUGCUGGUUUUGUCCUCAAGGAUCAGGUUGUUGAUGUAAUUAAAACCUCUGCUUCCAAAAUUUUGGACGAGGCUGGCACAGGAAACACUGCAGACAUCACCAUAUUCAACACAAUUGAAAAAGAUUUCAAAUGCUGUGGCGUGAAUGGUUUUGGGGAUUGGGAAAAUAAAACCAACAAACUUGGAGGUGAUGGCUGCUGCAUUUCACUUGAUAGUAGUCUGAACAACAACAGAACAGGUUGCUACGAAUACUACUUGAACAAAGGGGACACAGGCAAACUGCGAAAUGAUGGUUGUGUCAAAGCAGUCCAAGAAUGGGCAGAGAGAUACAUCUACAUUAUUGGAGCGGUUGGCAUAGCUUGGGCUUUCAUUGAGAUCAUGGGCAUUGUGUUUGCAUGCUGUCUGGGUCGUGCCGUAAAGAAAGAGCAUGAAGUGGUCUAAUAUGGCACAGGCAAAUACAGAGAUAAUUGGAAUAAUCUUCGCUGCCUGCCUAGCUAGAAGUAUUAAGAAGGAAUAUGAAGUAGUAUAGUAGAAUGAUGAGCAGCACUUAUUGUUUUGUUUUGGUCACUUUUUUUUAAUGUUUUAGAAAGGCAUGGUUCUGAAAAGUAGCCUAGAUACUGAAGGUGUAUAUUUUGAAUAAUAGGAUUUGGACAAUUUAUGAGAGUUCAUAUGUGAACCAACAUGCUAAGAAAAAAAUUCUAGCUUCAAACCCUGCAUGACUGAAUUUAAUAAAGUAUUAUCUGGUAAUCAAAUAGAUAUAUGUUAAUCAUUGACUUAAGUGAUCUUUUUUGUAUUCAAACUGUAAACUUAUAUUUCUAUAUCAAGCCUCUGCAUCUUCAUUAAAGAAGUGCAAUAAACUCCUGAAAGGCCAAACCAGUUCAGGGUACUUGAAAAACUAUUUUUGAGUAUUAGGUCUCUUGCAUUGUGACUGUAUAUUAUAUGGUGAGUAGAUAAUGAUAAUUCUGUUUCAGAGAAAAUAAUGCUAUCUAAAUGACCAAUUAUAUUUCCAAAUCAUGUACAUGAAUAAUCCCUGAUAAAGUUAUUUUUGUGAAAGAAACUAGUUUUCCAUGCACAUUCUAUAUAUUUCUUGGGAAUUUUUUAUAUGUGAAUGUAUAGAAAUUUACAAAGCUACUGGUAGUGGGUAGUAUUUUCUUAACAACUUUAAACAAAAGAGCUUGUUCUUCUCAUUCUGAUGCAUUAUCUCUCUUUUUCUAGUCUUGAUCAACCUUUAGGUGUCCCAUGUGAAAAGAAAUGUUAAUUUUUGAACUUUAAAUAUCACUCACUUACUUACAAUGAAUGUUUCCUAGAAGACAUAAGUAUUUGUUGUUUCUAGCCAGUGUGAUCCAUUUAAAUGGCUUGAAUAAAAAGAAAAAUGUAAA